CUCCAACGCUCGCGCGACGCGCAGCCGCAGUCCGCUGCGCAUGCGCGGCAGCUUCCUCCCACCACGGCCUCCGCUCCGCGCCUCAACACCGGCAUGGCCGGCCCUGCCUCCUCGCCGUACGGCCCCUGGCCGUCGCAGGCCAGUGCCUUCGUCUGUGCACUCAAGCGCGCUGCGGUCGCACCGGCGCUGGUGUCCAUCCUCAAGCGGGAGCUCGCACACCUUGGCGAUGCGCCGACGGAUGCGCGCGAGCCCGCCUGGUCAGACGACAAGGCAGAGGACUGCGAUGGCUGCCGCAUCGGCAUCCUCUUCACGUCGUACGACUGCCCCAGCUGCGAUGCCGCCUUCUGCAUCGAGUGCUUCGAAGCGCUAAAGGCGGACCCGGACGGACAGCUGCCGCAAAGCCUUGCCCGACUGCGUUGCCGCAAGAACGGCAGGAGAAAGAAGCGGGCGCGUAGCAGCAAGGGCAGGCCCUCCGAACACCCGCUGCACGUUCCCGCAGCACUGAGGCCCACGUCGCGCAUGCCCCUCGACGAGCUCAAGACCGAGCUGCAGGCGCUCGAGAUGGCCAGUGCCUCGCCGCUGUCCGUGCUGCUGCGCUCGCAUUGCACGGCAGAGCCCGUCAGCGCGGAGUACCGGUACACCUUCAGCGCGUCCGCCGCCGCCCACCUGCGCUGGCUCGCCGGAGAACCCUUCGUCCUCGGCGGCGAGGCGUCGUCGUCAGUCUCGCCGGGAAUCAGCUGCGUGCCCUACUCCUAUGUUCCGCCGCGCGACGAGCAGCUUGUCCUCGUGGACGACUUUGCCAGAUGGGCGGUGGCUGCAGACGAUCUGCCGGGCGCCGGCUUCUCUGUCGCCGACCUUCUCCGCCGCCUGGAGCUUCCGUACGCCGGAGCGAAGCCCGCGUUCUACCUCCGCGACUGGCCGGCCUUGGACGAGCUGCCUGCCGAGGACGUCGAGCGCUUCUGCGCCAGUUUUUGGUCACUGCUGCCGUUUCCAAGCCUCGUCGACGGCGGUCUGGAUCUUCUCCGCUGCCUGCCCGACGGCGCUCGCCGUCGACUCGGCGGCCCGGCUCUCUUCGCCGGACAAGCCCCGGCAUCAGGAACACCGGCUGCCACCAGCCUGCACCUCGACGCGUGCGACGCUGUCAACAUCAUGACAAGCGACGGCGAGGCUGAGUGGCUCAUCUACGGCGCGCGCCACUGCAGCGCGGUUCUUGCGUUCCUCGAGUCGAGACAGGACCUGGCCGGCGCCUUUCAGGGCAUGAACAUCAUGGUCGACAUGUCGGACGACGAUGUGGCGCGCCUGAGGGACCGCACAGGCGUUGCUCCUCUCUGCGUGACUCAGCGACGAGGCGACGCCGUCUUCGUGCCGGCGGGCUGCUGGCACCAGGUGAGUGCGGCGUAUCGGCUGGAGCACACGCGGUACUGAUCCGUGUCCAGGUCCGGAAUCGCUCAGGCUCGCUCAAGCUUGCGGCCGACUUCUUUUCCGUUGCGUCCAUCGACCGCGUACUGCAGGUGACGCGCAUGCGCAGUGAACGCAGACGAGCCGCGAUGCUCGGCGAUGCCGACGGCAUAGACUGGGUCUCGGCAGAGCAGCUGCUUUGGCACGCGUGGAAGGCCGAAUCGUCGGAGGCCGCAAGUGCA